AUGGAUUAUGAUAAGAACACUAAUGGGUAAUCAUCUCUCAAUCAAGAAUCAAUCCAAACUAUAAAUGUUUCAACAAUGAAGGUUUAACUAGCUUAGCUGAAAGAGAAGAUUGGAGGCACUCGUGAAUUCUUGGAAUCCUCAAAUAAUCUUUCUCAGAUUAUAAAUUCAGGGAUAAAUUCAUUAGAAACAAGAAAGAGUAGAGCCAAAGAUACUCUGAAUCUGUUCCAAGAUAUAAUCCAGCUUAGAGGAAGCUACAACCAGGUAUACACUGCUUUUGACAAUAAUGACCUUGAAAGUGCAGUUUAUUUUAUGGCAAAGGUCAUCAGUUUGAUGAAAUCCAUGGAAAAAGAUGGAGCUAUCAAAGAUGAGGACAGAAAUUUGUUUGAUGGCUUAAAGAAAAAAUUGUCUGGUCAUCUUAAAGAUAAAAUGAAUGCUGCAAUUAGUUCAAAAAAUGAAUAAGAAAUCGAGAAAAUAGCAUAGCUUUUUAAGUCAGUAGAGGAACAGGGAGAAGGGAUGAAAUAUUACUCACAAUAUUUGAUGCAAAACAAGGUUUAAUGCGACAUUGAAACAAUCAUCUUAGAUAUGUUUCAAAAGACCAUCCAAAACCCAACAGGCUAGCCAAUAAGUGACUACUAUGGCUAGGUCUAGAGAAUCCUUAUUGAUUGCAUGGAGAAUUACUCAGCCUCUAUUAUUUAACUAUUUGACUUUGAAAGUCUGAUGGAGUUUGUAAAGAACAUUGACAAUCUUGCCAAAGAAAAGGUAAUCAAUUAGGUUAUUUAAUAUUUACAGGGCACUUAACUUAUUUAGCACUUUAUUAACCAAAGUAAGCUUGAGAAGUUCAUUAUUCUCUCUGAUAACUUUCUCUCAGAGUAAGGGAACUCAAGCUUCUCGAGUUUAUCGGAAGACCAAGAAAUCCAGUUGGAUUCUAUCUGCGAAGAGAUAAUUAGAUUCAGUCAGUAUUACUAAACCUACUGCAUUUAUAUUCUUCAGCUAAUCUAAAAAUUCACAGGCGGCAGUUCUAAACAUAAGUCUCAAAGUCAGAAUAAAGCUACAAAAGCAGCUAGUAAUGAGAAGGCUUCUUCAAAUAAUUCAAGCAUCAACAACUCUCUGAAAUUGAUUUAAAGACAAAUUCAAUUCCCAUUGAUUGAUGAGCUGGUGAACAACUAUAUAGUACUGGAGAAGUUUUAUCUAAGGAAUAGCUUGAAUAAAGCUUUGGACUAAGACAACUAGGAAUAUGUGAAGAUUAUAAGCAAGGUUUAUAAUCAGAAUGAGAAGUUCGACCAGAUUCCAGACAUUAUAGACUUUGUUGAUGAUUACUGCUACAUUUUAGACACCUGUUCAAAGAGAGCUGUACAAUCGUUUAACAUUGUUAAUGCUUGCGCUAUCAUAAAUAUGAUCAAUCAGAUAUUGAAUGAUGAUAUCAAACAGGCAUUUAGUAACAGAGUAGAAAUAUUCUUAGGGAAAACUUCAUCAAAGAAGUUUAAGCCAAUUCAUCAAGUUUAGAAUCUCAGCCUUGUUAAAGAUGUUGUCAACUUGCCUCUUUAAGUUUAGCUUAAAAUGGAAUUUGAUCAGUUUAUUGCAGAUUUGAAGGUCGGUCAGGAUGAUUCAGACGAUUCGUAGGUUCAUUAGAACUUCGAGAUAUUAGAUCAUUCCAAGGAGAAAACAAAAAAGCUUAGCACAGAUUUGAAAUCGUUAGGUCUUAAUACCGAUAUGUUUGACCACACUCUUACUUAGUUUAGAGACACUUAGAAGUCCUUCCAGGAAUUCUAGAAAUCACUGAUAGACGAGUUCUUUAACAUUUAAGCUAACCAAGACAGCUUAAAUGACUUGUUCAUUCAGUUCUCUGAUGUCAGCUUCGAUAUAAACAAUCAGUAGUUUAAUGAUUACGAGAAAUAGGAUGUAUUCAUUUAAGAAUUCUUUGCAACAUCUAAAAACAUGCUGAAGCAGUUUAAAAAGUAGCUGAACCCCAUUGUAUUUCAGUUAUUUAUAGAUAACUUCACCUCUCAGGUUGUGAUCCUAUUCAAGCGUGAGAUUCAGUAACAGCAGUUCUCUCUCCUAGGUUCACUAUAUCUCGAUAAAAUUAUUAGAAAGCUCAAGAACUUCAUUUAGUAUCUGAGCGAUAAACCCAUUACUAGUUAGCACAUGAAUGAGCUAAUGGAGAUCGCUUAGCUGCUUAGUUGUGAGAAUAUAGAUGAACUAGAGAUAUUACUGAAUGAAAAGACUGAGCUGAUAGUAAAUAAGACUAUCAAGGUUGAGGAGAUCAAAGAGAUUAUUAUAUAGAGAGUAGAUUUAGAUAGGAAUUAGAUUGAUGCUUUACUCAAGAAUUAUGCUUGA